UGUUCUAUUAUUGCGCUAUUGCGCGCAGUGUCGCCUGGUUGCAAGUCGCUCACCGAAAGAGUCUAUAAGCUUGCCCCAACCCCAGCCCGUGGUCCUUGCGACUGUAGGUUGCCUUCAAGAUGGAGGAAUCGGAGCCGUCGCACGUCCAGCCCACUUCAGAGGCACCCGUGGAUUCGGUCGCGAACGAUGGGAAAGGUGGACCGAUGCCCGCGACGGGUGGUGUCACUGAUGAACAAUGGCGGUUGAUGAUGGAUGUGGUAAUGGCCAUUUAUGAUUUUCGAGAGCACGAUGGCCAUGACCCGUCCAAACUGUUCCAGCGCAGCGUUAACAAGCGCAAUGUUCCUGACUACUAUGAUAUAAUCAAGGAGCCGAUGGCCCUGAGCAUCCUGAAACAAAAAAUCAACAAGAGAGAGUACAAGCAAUUUGCCGAGUUUGUGCGAGACUGCGCUCUGAUCCCCCAUAACGCACAAACCUACAAUCGCCCGAAAUCUCAAGCAUAUGAGGAUGCACUUGUCAUCAAGGAUGUUUUUGUUGCCGAGUUCCAGAAGCUGGUGAACCAGGGAAUCAUUUCCGCUGAAGAAGCUGAGCUUCCGGACCUCGGCGAGAUCCCCGAGGCAGACCCUCUUCCCGAGGAGGAAGAAGAGGACGACGAAGAAGACGACGACGAAGACGAGGACGAAGAUUCCGACGAUGAUAGUCGACGGAAGAAAAAACGAGGUCCGCGAUCGGGAAGCAAACGCGAGGGUAACAAAGACGACAGUCAAAAGCCCAAUGACCCCGAGCUGAGAAAGAAACGAGGCCGGCCGCCGCGUGUCGACACACCAAUGGAAGCCCGGAUUAAGGCGGUUCUCAAGGGGAUUCGGAAGCUCAAAGGACCGGGGGGGCUCAAAGUGGGACACUUCGAGCGUCUACCAGACAAGAGUACCUACCCGGACUACUACGUGGAAAUCAAAGAGCCCAUCGCCAUCGACAUUAUCAAGCGGAAGUCCAAGCGGAAGAAGUACAGCUCGGUUGAUCAUUUCAUGAGAGAUAUGGAUCUCAUGUUCAACAAUGCUAAGGCCUACAAUCAGCCCGAAAGUCAAAUAUACAAAGACGCCGUUGAUCUGCAAGUGGAGGCUCGAAAGCUUGCCGAGCUUGAGAAAAAGAAGCCGGACAGCGAAUAUCUCAUGGAAGAUGGGCGCCUACCCCUGCCCGAUGGGAUACUUUACAAAAGCGAGCUGUGGAAGGUCGGCGACUGGGUCCACAUCCAAAAUCCCAAUGACGUGACAAAGCCCAUCGUUGCACAAAUAUAUCGCACAUGGCAGGACGGCGACGGGGACAAAUGGAUCAAUGCCUGUUGGUAUUAUCGCCCGGAGCAAACGGUCCAUCAUUUUGAAAAACACUUCUACCCCAACGAGGUGGUCAAAACCGGCCAGUACCGAGACCAUCGAAUUGAGGAGAUAGUAGACCGGUGCUUCGUGAUGUUCUUUACUCGCUACAAUCGUGGGCGACCCCGAGGCCUUCCACCUGAUAAGGAUAUAUACGUCUGCGAAGCCCGGUACAAUGAGGAAAAACACAAGCUGAAUAAAAUCAAGACCUGGGCAAGCUGCCUCCCGGAUGAGGUGAGAGAGAAAGAUUACGAGAUGGAUCUCUUCGACGUGCCUCGCAGAAUCAAAAAGAUUCCCAGUCCGAUCAAGCAUCUGCUCAAGAAUGAGGCAAAGGAAACGGACGAUCUUCCAAAACCCACCUGGGGGGCUGAGAAUGCGCCCCCGGCAGUUGGUGCUGUCCAUCGUCGCCCGCGGGAUGAAAAUGAAUCUCCGCCUCCAGAGCCAUCGCCUUCCCCGCCGCCAUUGCCUCCACAACCAUUGCCUUCUGCCCCCGUUCGACCACCGUCGAUCAGUCAACCAUCUGCACGACCGAGUGUAGAAAGUCAAGGCCCCAGUGCUAUAGCGGCGGCUCCCCCACCAGCACGAUCCCCGGCUGCACCUGUUCCCCCGGCACAGCAUUCCCCGGCCCCCGUCGCCCCAGUGACUUUUCAACCACCCCAAGUGCCGUCCGGCCAGCCGUACCAGCCUGCCUUGCAGAGACGUCCCAGCAACUUUGCACCGCAGUCUUCGCUUCCUGUCGCGUAUUCGGCUUCUGCAGUGUCCCAUCCUUACGCUCCUACACAACCGUCGCCGUACGCGCCUUACCAAGCCAGUCGCAUGGCAAUGCCAGGUGCAGCGAUGUAUAACCCCAAUGCUCCUCGUCCCAUCGAGGUCUUCCAUCUAAGUGAUACCGCAAACACGGCGAUCCCGGAAGAUAUUCGGGAGCAGUUCCACUGUGACGACCAGGGCCGUGUGCUUUUCUUCUCUUCCCCACCGCUGGAUAUCGUCCCACCGGUUCAACAAAGACUAGGCCACUCACUCAAGUAUCUAGCAGCCAAGGAGGAGCGGCGCAAACUUGUUGAACAUAAAAAGCGCAAGGAAUGCUCUGGGCGGGAAGAGCUCGAAAAGAACACCAAGCGUCAAAGAGCCGAUGACGAGACGGCUCUUGCGGCCAAAGUAGAGCAUAUGACUGCCCUGGCAAUCGGUACCAUGGCAAAUCAGAUAGAGCUCGGUACGGACUCUAUCUACGAACUCCUGUACCCUGCUCAAGCAGAGAAGGCAAAAUCAGUUGCGACCCGGUCUCGGGAGCAGAUGGCUCGUACCGAUCAUGCUUCCCAAAAACGGACGGCUCAGAUCUUAGCGCAUUCCGAGGAAGCCAGCUUUGUGAGCUUGAAAGGCAAUGCCAUGUACAUGCAUGGCAUCGAUCCUGGGUCCUAACCAGGAAUCAGAAACAAGAGCAGUCUGCUUGUUGGAAGCCGCGCGCUCUUCUGGUUAUUUGACAUGGAGGAAUUGAGGCUUCCCUCCCUUCUUGUUUAUCGGGGGACGCCCGGUCGAAGAGGAAGCCACAUGAGUCUGAGAGCGUUGUAUCGCAGUGAUGGGUUGGUUGGAUGGAAUAUAUGGCGCACGAGUUCGUGUGUUCGAUCGAUCUGAAAUCGAACUUUGGGAGACUAUCAGGACAAGAUCGUGUUCGUGUUUAGAUUAGCGUAGGCUUAACUAAUGUAUGGGAAGCCCCAUUGUCACUCAUAUUUUUUUUUGUUUU